UUGAGAUUCGCCAGCGGAGAGAAUUGUAUUUUAUACAAUUAUUUUAAAAGCCGAAUCAGUAAUCUAUUUAGUGGCAUGCUAUAGCCCAGAGCCCAGAGCUGGCUGAAGCUUAAAUUUGACAUUUAUUUUUAGAACAAUUCAGUAAAAAAGUACAGCUACAGUAAAAAGUACAGUUACAGUGAAAAGUGUUAGCCGGAACUGACUGAAUUCGAGAUCAAGUGUCAAGAACUAGACGUAUCUGUCAAAGUUUUCCAUUACCUCGAGUGAAUUUGGACAAAGUUGAGGAUGUCAGCCCUGUCGUCGCCCACCACAUGUGGCUGCUCGCCCGUCCACUGGGCCAUUGUCAUUGUGCUCCUGUCAAUGGCGAUUGGACCGGGAGACGCGUUGCCCCGUCCAGCCCGCAACACGCAGUUGUUGUUCAGUGAGCUCCUGGGAGGUGGAAACGAGGACAACAACUACUAUGGCGAGCAGUUGAAGUACCAGCAACAGCAGCAGCAGCAACAGCAGGAACAGAAGCAGCAGCGUGUGCCGGCCUUCGCCAGGAAGUGGCCUUCGCUGAGGGAUCUGCUGCUCACCGUGGACUACGAUGACUUCGGAGUUACCCAGGAGAGCGAGGAGCAGGUGGCGCCCAGUUCCCGCCUGCUGGCGCGACUCCACAAGCUCGGCGAUAACGGAGGCGGCGACGAGCUGCGCUACAACAUCGUGCCCGAUCUGACCAACAUGCCCAGCAAGAAGGUGCUGCCAGGACAUCCGCUCAAGGAUCACAACACCAAGAAGAACGUGCAAUUUCGUAAACAAUAUAUGUCGCCGUGCCACUUCAAGAUCUGCAACAUGGGACGCAAACGCAACGCUGGCUUCGAUUCCUACUGAAGAAACCUAAUGCUUUAAGACCGCAAAGCCAAACAAACCAAAGUCAAAUAAACCCUUUCCAAAAAUCAAAGAAUUUGCAUUGUCACACACACCCACAAACGCUGGACGAAUGUUCAAAUGCCAAGUAUUGUCUACCGUUCUAAUUUAGUUAACAACCCGUGCAGAAUUUAGUUAGAAACUAUGAUUACACUGUACUUAUUGUACUUAUAAAUAAUGUCUCGACCUACACACACUGACACACAUCCGACCCCCGCUCUCUGCACACCAACAUUCACACACACACGUGCACGCACACACUGAAGUAUUCCC